CCCGAGUGGGAGGGAACCGCGAGCCCUGUGCAAUGUGCUGGAAAGUGAUAAUAAUAUUUGGUGAGCUACAAGUGGCUGAGACACAAAACACAGAACUAGAGGCAGGUCCAAUGACCUAUUCCAGAACCUCCCACACAAAAAAUCCAACUCUUAUUACAAUUCCUUGAUGUUUACACAAGACACAACUGUAUAAAACCCACAGAAAGAGAGGCAGCUCUGCAGACAGGUAGAAGAUGGGAAUGGAUCAAAUGGUGGGGUUUUCACACUGAAGGACGCGCAGUUUCAGAUAUUGCCUUGGAUUACUGCAUGCAUCAGUUUUCUCAUCACACACUGAACCUGCGCACCAAGCUCCACUUGCAGCCCUCUCGAGUUCAACAAUGAUACUGAUCAUCAGAACCCUUACAACUCUUUGGAAUGUUUUAUUGCUAUUUACUGAGAUUAGCUCUUCCAUGGAAAGUGAGAUUUUUACUCCUGUCAGAUUGGAUCAUCCUAAUCCCGCAAUACACAAUUUUGUAAGCAGCACAGACGAAGCAAUCCACCGCAGAGUUGCUUUUAAAAUAAGCGCGUUUAAUCAGGAUUUCUAUCUCAGCCUGAUGCCUGAUUCCAGUUUCCUUGCGCCUUCUUUUUCCAUGCAGCGCGUCGGUGCCUCUCCACACCCGGUGACUAAUCCAAGUUUGAGCCAUUGCUUUUAUUCUGGUAAUGUCAACUCCGACCCCAAUUCAUAUGCAGCACUCAGCCUUUGCAAAGGGUUACAGGGCGCUUUUGGCUACAAAGGGUCAGAGUAUCUGAUAAGCCCCUUUGAAAAUGACACGACUGCAGGAAGCUUAAAAAGCAUCGAAAGGGCUCACGUUAUUCAUGUCAGGAGCGCACUUCUCCAGACCGACAACUCUACCUCCAGAUGCGGGGUCGGAUCUGGUUUAAAUCAAGCUGUUUUAGAAGCUUUGGAUAAAUAUAAAAACAUAAAAGGACACAUCAAAGGCAACCUGACCGAAACUGUCCUAAAAACUCUCGGUAGAUCAAAGCGGUUCGCUUCUAUACCCAGAUAUGUUGAGAUCCUCAUGGUAGCCGACGACUCCAUGGUUAAAUUCCAUGGCGAUGACCUCAAACACUAUCUUCUGACCCUCAUGUCUGUUGCAGCCAGGCUUUACAAGCACCCCAGCAUCCUUAACUCGAUCAACAUCGCUGUGGUUAAGUUUGUGGUGAUAAGCGAAGAUGACAAGGGACCAAAGGUAUCCAGUAACGCAGCCCUGACUUUGCGCAAUUUUUGCACCUGGCAGAAAAAGUUAAACAAAGCCAACGAUAAACACCCCGAAUACUGGGAUACAGCUAUCCUAUUCACUAAACAGGACCUGUGUGGCGCCACUACCUGUGACACUCUGGGCAUGGCAGAUGUGGGGACGAUGUGUGACUCGAAGAGGAGCUGUUCUGUCAUUGAGGAUGAUGGGCUGCCCUCAGCCUUCACGACAGCACAUGAACUAGGGCAUGUCUUCAAUAUGCCCCAUGACAGCGUGAAGGCCUGUGAGGAGGUGUUUGGCAAACUAAAAGACAAUCACAUGAUGUCGCCCACGCUGAUUCAGAUUGACCGCUCGAACCCCUGGUCAGCCUGCAGUGCUGCCAUCAUCACAGAUUUUCUAGACAGUGGCCAUGGUGACUGCCUUCUUGAUCAGCCCCAGAAGCCGAUUGCUCUGCCAGACACUCUCCCAGGGUCCAGCUAUAACCUGAACCGACAGUGCGAGCUAGCGUUCGGGACAGGCUCCAAACCCUGCCCCUAUAUGCAGUCCUGCACCAAGCUCUGGUGCACGGGCAAAGCCCAGGGGCAACUGGUGUGCCAAACCCGACACUUCCCCUGGGCCGACGGAACCAGCUGCGGGGAAAAGAAGUUCUGCUUGAAGGGAGCCUGUGUGGAAAGACAUGACGUGACAAAGUACAAGGUGGACGGCCGCUGGGGAAAGUGGGGCCCCUUUGGUGUCUGCUCUCGAACCUGUGGUGGUGGAGUGCAACUGGCCAAGAGGGAGUGUAACAGCCCUGUGCCAGCCAAUGAUGGCAAAUACUGUCAGGGCAUCCGCAUCAAAUACCGCUCCUGCAACUUGGACGUGUGCCCGGAAACAGGUAAAAGUUUCAGAGAGGAGCAGUGCGAAGCCUUCAAUGGUUACAGCCUCAACACUAACCGACUUACCCCGUCUGUGGUCUGGGUCCCCAAAUACUCGGGAGUGUCACCAAAGGACCAAUGUAAACUCAUCUGCAGAGCGAAUGGCACGGGCUACUUCUAUGUGCUUGCACCCAAGGUGGUGGAUGGGACCCACUGCAUGCCCGACUCCUCAGCUGUCUGUGUCCAAGGAAAAUGCAUCAAAGCUGGAUGUGAUGGAAAGCUGAGCUCCAACAAGAAAUUUGAUAAGUGUGGCAUGUGUGGCGGGGAUAACAGAAGCUGCAAGAAGGUGUCAGGAUUGUUUACAAAGCCCAGACAUGGUUACAACUUUGUUGUGAUGUUGCCAGCUGGAGCUUCGAACAUUGACGUCAGGCAAAGAGGCUACAAGGGGAUGGUCAACGAUGACAACUACCUGGCUGUGAAGAACGGGCAGGGUAAAUACUUACUGAACGGGCACUACGUGGUCUCGGCGGUGGAGAGAGAUAUCACCGUCAAGGGGAGCUUGCUACGCUACAGCGGGACAGCCACAGCGGUGGAGACACUGCAAGCCUUCAAACCACUCCUCGAACCCUUAACAGUCGAGGUGUUAUCCGUGGGGAAAAUGACACCCCCUCGGGUCCGAUACUCCUUCUACCUGCCGAAGGAAAUCAAGGAGGAUAAGGGUUAUAAGAAGGACGGGAGGAGCCAUUCACACAACAGCGUGCUGGCGGAUACAAAUAAGGUGGAAGGGAGAAAACCAGAAUAUAAAAGGCCCAUGUAUAAAUGGGCUGUGACCAACUGGGACGAGUGUUCUGUGACUUGUGGGGAUGGUUUGCAAAGGAGGCUGGUGGAGUGCCACGACUCUAGCGGUAAGUCAGCCUCCAGCUGUGACUCCUCAGUGCGGCCGGAGGACCUGCGAAUAUGUGGAGACCCAUGCCCGGUGUGGGAUAUCGGGGAGUGGUCCCCCUGCUCCAAGACUUGUGGGAAAGGGUUUAAAAGACGGGUUUUACGCUGCAAGACACAGACUGGACUACUGCUACCCAGAGAUCACUGUAAUAACAAGAAGAAGCCGCAGGAACUUGACUUUUGCACACUGUGGCGGUGCUAACAAUCCCCAUCCUCCCCCAAUAACGGUGGACGUUUCUUUCUUGCGUCUGGAAUUGGUCAAAUGUAUUGGACGACAAAGUGAUGGAGCAAGACGGUUUCUGGGGCGUCAAAGGGGUUAUAUGAAGAAAACAUGUAAAGACAGAGAGAGAGGUACAAGUUGAUUGAUUUAAAUGGAGUGGAGACCAUUGAUUUAAACGGAAUGGAGUCGGAACACACAUGUCUACCUCUAACAGAAAGCAAACAAACAAGAGUUCAUAAAAAUGGUAACUCAAACCUUUGAGUUGUCAUCAUUAAAGUAUACUCAAAGGUUUAACGUUUUAUAUAGAAACACUUUUUUUUUUUAAAUGGGGUUUACAAAUAAUGACUCAUUAAGGAAAGAGAAAAAUUUAAUUAAAUUUAAAAAGUGUUACGUUGAGAUCACAGCAUAAUUAUCUUGCAAUCUCAACAUAAUUCAUUUUUAUUGAGCCACUGUACGCUGCAAUGCUGCAAAGGGGAAGGAUUUCUUUUUCAUAUGACCCAUAAAAUCUAUCAAAUGGCAAUAGUGUUUCAAUUAUUUUAGCAGUAAAUAUGUAUGACUGACAGCAUAAGCAACCCAUGAAAUAUCCAAACAACCCACUUAGGGGAAUGCUGUCUCCUGGACUACAGCAGAAUACAUUUAUAUACAUAUAAGUCUUGUUCAUAAGAAAAUACAGUAGAAAAACACAAUACACGCUACAUGAAACUAAGAAUUAAAAACGCCAGAAACACUAGCUUUGUUUAUAAAAAAAAUAAGAUGUUUCAUAGUGUAUUAAUAAAAGUAUUUUGUAGUGCGGAAGUGUGUACGUGGCAAACAGUAUGUAUUUAUUAAAACAAACCAAAAAAAAAGUUUUCUUGGGUUACAAACACCAUCAAUGCAAUGCUGUCUACUUCACAUGUAUAUGGUGCUUCUGUUUUUCAUUUGAAUUCUGCAGGGUGAAUUCAAAUGUCUAAACAGUAAAUACAUUCCCUUAUCAAAAAGUUAAAGGUACUGGAUCUGGGAUCCAGCACAAUUAACCUCUGUUUAUACCCUACGUACUGAAUGGUUAUCAUUCAUUUCCAGACUGUUUACAACCAAGCAGGAACAAAAUAUCAUACUGCUUCUAAACUUGGUAUGAGUAACCAUAGGGUUUUAAUCACAGCACCACUAUUCUUACAGCGUUUAGUGUUUUUCAUACCAAAUUACAACAACUACGAUAACUGUGUUAAAUAAUUUCAACUGCAUGAAAUGUCAAAUAUCUUUCUCCCAGUGGCUGUUUGGUUUUGAUACUAUGCUUUUGUAAGGAUCCCAGUGGCUGUUUGGUUUAGAAACUAUGCUUUUGUAAGGAUCCCAGUGGCUGUUUGGUUUUGAAACUAUGCUUUUGUAAGGAUCCCAGUGGCUGUUUGGUUUUGAAACUAUGCUUUUGUAAGGAUCGCUGUGCCACACAUUUUAUCCCCGAGAAGUGUUCAGCUGCACGGCAGUAGUAUAACUUCAGUACCGUUGAAGUACCAUGUCGUAUUAUUUUGUAAUGUAUUUUCCCAGAUGUGCCAAAUGUUCCCCUUCAGCUUGAGAGGUUUUUUUUAAACCACAAAACCCAUGUCAAGCCUGUUGGCCACUUCAUGCUGGUAUUGUGGGGAGAUUAUUCACCACAAAGCAAUGCAGUACAUGAAGUGUUUCAAACUACACUGCCACUACAUAGGAACUGACGAUACACAGCCACAUUUGUAAAUAUACAUAUACAUAAGAUGUUACCUCGAAAUCAAAGGAGACGUGUUUUGGGGCUCAAUGAGACUCAAGAGCCAUGAGUUGGAAAGUUUGUGGUAAACAUAAGAUAAACUGUAUACAGUCAUCCUUAUUCAGUUAACAUAAAUAAUGUGUUUCCUCUAAUCAAAAAGCAUUCUGUGUUUAUUUCGAAGGCCUUAAGAGCGUAAUAGAAGAAUCCCAUUACAAAGAACAUUAAAAACAGCCUGGCGCAGCAUUUUCAUCUUCUUGUGACCAAUGACAUCCUUUCAGUUGGUUAAGAAGGGUUCACUGCUUUAUUUUGGAUCCCACAGCAGCACUGCAGAGUGGUCAGGUAUUUAAAGGGAUAUGAUAACAUCCUUUGUAGUCAUUUAUAGUGCCUGAAAUUGCCAUGUUCUCACAGUGUGUCCUGACAGUAACAGAGCCACACACAUGGACGAGGAUGCUGCAAUCAUACUGUGUCUGUGGUAACUUACCAUUUCUACGCUUUCAUUUCCCAUUCCUCGCCAGCAGUGCAGCUGCUGCUAUAGAGCCCUGUCUGGUACAUCAUUAAAAACUAAGUUAUUACAAAAAGUAAACGUGUCAGACACAGACAAUGUUAUGCUGUACAUGUAUUUUAAAGGUUGACCCUUCCCCAUGUACAUAUGGACUGAAUUCAUUGUUGUGCACCUAUUUAACUGAAUAUCCUGUAAUCCUUUACAUCACUUAUUUUGUAUUUGUGUUUUUUUGUUUUUUUUUUGGUUCGGAGGGACAACAUCUUCCAUCUAAAAGAUGGUUCCUAUAUUACAUGGAAUUUAAUAUGUUUUCUUUUGCACUUUUGUACAGCAAAAGACUUGUAAUGCGUUGUACUGGCUGCUCUGUAUACCAUGUAUACACCUUAUCGGCUGUACUCAAAUAAACACUGUAAAUAUUA